AUGGGUGCUUCGGCUGUUGCUAUUGCAGUAUUUACAGUUUUAUGGGGAAUAGUAGGAAUAUUUUUACCAAUAAUAGUACCAAAAGGACCAAACAGAGGGAUUCUUCAAGUUGUGCUAAUUCUGACUGCUGUAACUUGCUGGCUAUUUUGGUUGUGCUGCUAUAUGGCUCAAAUGAAUCCAUUGAUUGGACCUAAAUUGAGUAAAGCUACAAUUCUUAUAAUGAAACAAUAUUGGAGCUAA